AACAGGAACAGUCACCUUCCGCACCCGGUGCAACCAUUACCAACGGCAAUUUUCUGUGCUGUAUGAGUCUUAUGAGCAUCUGGGCGGUUCGGCACAGCAUCUUCCGGAGUAUGCGCGCGCCUCCACGUCUGUAGCGCUUAGGGGUUCAGUCCACGAGCGAUCGCGGUUCUAAGGGGCCCUUUUAAAGUACAUUAAUCUUUGCGAGGAAAUCUGGGUUAUCUCUGGUUCACACACUGGUUAGAGUUCGGGACCACUUUGACAGUCAUAACUGCUGAAAGGAAUAAUGUCUGUCUCAGACGAAAUUGAUGGGCUCCGCCCCGUCUAUGGCUCUGUCCUGGAUGAUAAUCGCCUCACAGCUGAAGAGAUGGAUGAGAGGCGCAGACAGAACAUUGCUUAUGAGUAUCUUUGUCACUUGGAGGAAGCAAAACGGUGGAUGGAGGCAUGUUUGGAUGAAGAACUUCCCCCAACUACAGAGCUGGAAGAGGGACUGAGGAAUGGGGUUUAUCUUGCCAAACUGGGACAUUUCUUCUCCCCUGAAGUGGUGUCUUUAAAGAAAAUAUAUGAUAAAGAGCAGACAAGAUACAGGGCAACAGGUCUUCACUUCCGACAUACAGAUAAUGUAAUACAGUGGUUAAAUGCAAUGGCAAAAAUUGGGCUUCCCAAGAUAUUCUACCCUGAGACAACAGAUAUAUACGAUCGGAAGAACAUGCCAAGAUGUAUUUAUUGCAUCCAUGCUCUCAGCUUGUACCUGUUUAAGCUUGGACUUGCUCCUCAGAUUCAAGAUCUUUAUGGAAAGGUUGAUUUUACAGGUUGCGCUCAUUCAGUGGCUGGACAAGAGGAGUAUGUGAACUGUACACGGUGUCUUAAAGUGACACGAUGCCAUGGCCUGUGUGAGCAGAAGGCACACAUGCCUUUCAGUGUAGGGAUUAGAAAGAGAAAUGUACCCAAUUCAGGAUUGCAUGCAGCUGUGAUUGCAAUAAAUGAAGCAAUUGACCAUCGGGACCCUGAAGCAACAAUGGUAGCCAUGAGGAACCCCAAUGCCAUGCUUGUCAAUUUAGAUAAAGGAUUGGCACCAUCUUAUCAAGACACACUGUGCCAAGCCAAGCAAGAAAAGACUGCAAAUGCUAGGAACAGGGCUAGUUCAGAAAAUGCAACGGCUGAAAGGGAUGUUUACGAAGAAUUGCUGACCCAGGCAGAAAUACAAGGAAACGUCAACAAAGUCAACUUGCUGGCAGCAUUGGAAAAAGUUAAUAAAGCCUUGGAGCGAAGAGAUGCAUCAGCACUGUUUGAAGAGUUGUCAUCACCUGCUCUUGGUCUUCGUGGACUUAAACGUGAAAAUUGUGAUUGGUAUCUUAAACAACUUAUUGCCGAUAAAGAGCAGAAAGCUGAGAGAGGUUCAAAUGAAAUACUUCAGAAGGAAGAGUUGCAGUCUGGAGUGGAUGUGGCUAAUGAAGCUGCCCAGAGAUUUCAUAAAAUGCUGAAGGCAGUUGAUAGGAUCAAUGCAGCUAUCAGGAAAGGAGAUGCUAAUGAAACUGUGACAGAGCUCAUGAAUCCUGAUGCCCAGUUGCCAACUGUGUAUCCAUUUGCUGCACCACUUUACCAGAGAGAAUUGGCCACAUUACAACAACAGAGUCCUGAGGGAUACUUGUCUAACCCAGAACUUGGAGUGGCUGUGGAGAUGCUUUCUUCUGUUGCUCUCAUAAACAAAGCACUAGAUACUGGUGAUAUUGGUGAAGUAUGGAAAUAUUUAAGUAGCUCCGUCACGGGACUCACAAAUGUGGAAAAUGAAAACUCUCAAAGGUACAUCGAUGAACUCUUAAAACUGAAGGCACAAUCCCGAGCAGAAGGGAAUGAAUUCUUGUCAUGGAAUGAUAUUCAGGCAGUGGUGGACAAUGUAAACACUACUGUUCACGAAGAACAUGAACGAAUUUUAGCUCUUGGGCUCAUCAAUGAAGCCUUGGAUGAAGGUGAUGCUCAGAAAACUCUCCAGGUCUUGAUGCUUCCUGCAGCAAAGCUUGCUGAUGUGAAUGCACCAACAGCACAACACUACCAGGACACACUGGUCAGAGCAAAGAGAGAGAAGGCUCAGGAUACCCAAGAUGAGUCAGCGGUUCUGUGGCUUGAUGAGAUUCAGGAUGGGAUCUGGAGGUCCAACAAGGAGACUGAGGAGGCUGAGAAAUUUUCCUUGGGAAUACUUGCGAUUAAUGAAGCUGUGGACAGUGGAGAGGUUGCUCAGACCUUAAGUGCUCUACGCUCACCUGAUGUUGGAUUAUAUGGUGUUACUCCUGAGUGUGAUGAGGCAUAUCAAGCAGAGCUCCAAGAACUGAAGAAAAGUAUGCUGGCGAAUGGUAAGUGUACGUUUCUUGUGUCAUCUGAUGAGGAACCAAAGAAUGAUGCAAGUGAUUUCAUGACCUGUAGACCAGCAAACCUGUCAACCAUCUCUGGAGUAACAGCAGCUUAUAAUCGUGAACAGCUGUGGAAUGCCAAUGAAACUCUGAUUGUGAAGUUGCAAGCCAGAUGUAAAGGGUAUCUUGUCCGUAAGGAAUUCUCCAACAGAAUGAAUUUUUUGAAGAAGCAGGUGCCAGCUAUAAUUGCUAUUCAGUCGCAGUGGAGGGGAUAUAAGCAGAAGAAGGCCUUUCAAGAUAGACUGCAGUAUCUCCGACAUCAUGAGACUGAAGCUGUCAAGAUUCAGUCUUUGGCAAGGAUGCAUCGGGCAAAGAAGCAAUAUAAAGGUCGACUGCAAUAUUUCAAGGACCAUAUAGAUGAAAUAGUAAAAAUCCAGGCCUUUAUCCGUGCAAACAAGGCUCGUGAUGACUACAAAACUCUCAUUAAUGCUGACAACCCCCCAAUGGUUGUUGUUCGUAAAUUUGUCCACCUUCUCGACCAGAGUGAUCAAGAUUUCCAGGAAGAGUUGGAUCUUAUGAACUUGCGAGAGGAGGUUGUAACUUUGAUUAGGGCUAAUCAGCAGCUUGAGAAUGAUCUGAAUCUGAUGGAUAUAAAAAUCGGAUUACUGGUGAAGAACAAGAUUACCUUACAGGAAGUUGUCUCACAUAGUAAGAAGCUUACAAAGAAGAACAAGGAGCAGCUGUCUGAUAUGAUGAUGAUGAAUAAACAGAAAGGAGGCUUGAAAGCUCUGAGCAAGGAGAAGCGAGAGAAGCUUGAGGCAUAUCAACAUCUUUUCUAUCUUUUGCAGGUAACAUGUAGUAGGUCUAAAGUUGAUCAGAUUCAAGAGAUAGUUACAGGAAAUCCAACUGUUAUUAAAAUGGUGGUAAGUUUCAACCGUGGUGCCCGGGGGCAGAAUGCACUAAGGCAGAUCCUGGCUCCUGUGGUAAAAGAGAUUAUGGAUGACAAGACUUUGAAUAUUAAGACAGACCCAGUGGAUAUUUACAAAGCAUGGGUUAAUCAGAUGGAAUCACAGACUGGUGAGGCGAGCAAACUGCCUUACGAUGUGACUCCAGAACAAGCACUGAAGCAUGAAGAGGUGAAUGCUCGACUUGAUGCCUCUAUUAAACACAUGCGAACAGUAACGGACAAGUUUCUGUUGGCCAUAGUUGUGUCACUGGAGAAGAUCCCAUAUGGAAUGAGGUAUAUUGCUAAAGUUCUGAAGGACUCUCUUCAUGAAAAGUUUCCUGAUGCCACUGAAGAUGAGCUUCUUAAGAUUGUUGGAAAUCUGUUGUAUUAUCGUUACAUGAAUCCAGCUAUUGUUGCACCAGAUGCCUUUGACAUCAUUGAUAUCUCAGCGGGAGGUCAGCUGUCCACAGAUCAGCGCCGUAACCUUGGUUCUGUCGCCAAAAUGCUUCAGCAUGCAGCUGCUAAUAAAAUGUUUGAAGGCGAUACUGCCCACUUAAGCAAAAUCAAUGAAUAUCUCUCUCAAUCCUACCAGAAAUUUAGACGUUUUUUCCAGGCUGCUUGUGAAGUCCCAGAACCAGAGGACAGGUUCAAUGUUGAUGAAUACUCUGAUCUCGUAACAGUCAGCAAACCAGUGAUCUAUAUCUCUAUAGGAGAAAUUAUUAAUACCCACACGCUGCUCUUAGAUCAUCAAGAUGCUAUUGCUCCAGAACACAAUGACCCUAUCCAUGAACUUCUGGAGGAUCUCGGAGAAGUUCCAAGCAUAGAGUCCCUGUUGGGUGAAGGUGCUGGGAACCCCAGUGACCCUAGCAAGGAAGCACUGGCAAAAACAGAAGUCUCUCUAACACUGACCAACAAGUUUGAUGUUGCUGGAGAUGAGAAUUCUGAGAUGGAUGCUAGGACAAUCUUGUUGAAUACAAAACGAUUGAUUGUGGAUGUGAUCCGGUUCCAGCCUGGAGAAACGCUGACAGAAAUCCUUGAGACACCAGCAUCUAAUGAGCAGGAAACUGACCAUCAGAAAGCAAUGCAGAGGCGUGCAAUUCGAGAUGCUAAGACACCUGAUAAAAUGAAAAAAGCCAAGACAACAUUAGAAGAAACAAAUCUAACUCUAGCAGAAAAGAAAGCUAAAAUCCAGUCGAACCUGAAAAAGCUAACAGAGAUGGGAAAAGUGAACCCUGAAAAUCGGUACCAGGACCUUAUAAAUGAUAUUGCAAAGGAUAUAAGGAACCAGCGUAGGUACAGACAGCGUCGAAAGGCAGAGCUUGUGAAGCUACAGCAGACGCACCAGGCUUUGAGUUCUAAAGCUACAUUUUAUGAGGAACAGGUUGAUUAUUACAAUCAAUACAUCAAAACGUGUUUGGAUAACCUGGCCAGCAAAGGAAAGAUCUCGAAGAAGCCAGGCGAUAUGAAGGGCAAGAAGAGUAAGCAGGUGUCUCAGAAAUAUACAGCUGCACGGCUGCAUGAGAAAGGAGUCCUUUUGGAAAUUGAUGACCUGCAAAGUAGUCAAUAUAAAAAUGUGUAUUUUGAAAUCAGUCCAACAGAGGAAGUGGGUGAUUUUGAAGUGAAAGCCAAGUUCAUGGGAGUUCAAAUGGAGACCUUUAUGCUGCAUUAUCAGGACCUCUUGCAACUUCAGUAUGAAGGUGUUGCUGUGAUGAAGUUCUUUGACCGUGCAAAGGUCAAUGUGAACCUCCUAAUCUUCCUUCUGAAUAAAAAAUUUUAUGGAAAAUAAACGUUUCCCCAGUCACUAACUUUGGGCAUUGGUGCUUACAGACGUCAGAGACAGAUACAAGCUGGCAGUAGAACUGUUCCAUCCUAAUUGCAUCUUCUUUAAGUGAUCUUUGCAUCAGUCAAAGGGGUAAUACUGCUGUAUUCCAGUUUAUUUUCAUGUACUAUGCACCAAGCCCAAAAGAGGACUGUACAGACGCUGUCUUUUGCUGAUUUAUUUUCCAAAAUGUUGGCCUUUGAAAUAUGAGGAGGAGGAUAAUGUAAAUAGUAGAACAAAGCUGCAUCUGUCAUUUGAGUUCCCUGCAGUAUGUAUGCUGUUACAUUAGCACAACUGUGCUUUACUAGAUAGACAUGGAGCUGGCCCUGUAUCGGUGGUUUCUGUUUGGGGGUCAGAUACUGCACUUUUUAAUCUAAAGUAAGGGCUGGGAGAAGACAUUAUCAUGUUUCAUUUCUCAGGACAGGAUGCAUACACUAGGUCUAAGCAGACUACAGUUUGCCAUGAUACCAAAUUUAAUUGUCACAAAUUUGUUUCAGGGCUUGAUUUCUGGUGGUCUGUCUAGUCUGUUCUUGCUGCAGUGGAGAGUCUGUUCCCAGUUUUUAGAGCCUCUUUAAAUGCAUUGGUCUUCUGGAUUGCUGGGAAGUCUACUCCCACAAUUUGUUGUGUACUGAAGUGGAUCCCUAGGGAAGUAAAUGGCAUUGUGUGUUAGACUGUUUGCUGCUGACCCUUUGUUUCUUCUUGUGAAGCUGAGUUUUGCAUCCCUUACGUAUAUUAUGCAGUGUAUGUUGUGUUCCUUUAAGCUUUAGUGACACUGUGCUGACUCUGCUGUACCAUUUUCACAGUUUUAUUUUUAAAUAAUUGUUCACCACUGCCAGUUCACUUUGUUCUUUGUGUAAGUGUUUCACUUUGAGAAGGCAGAACUGCUGUUCGGUCUUGUCUGAUUAAACAGUCAUAUGCUGAUUAGCUGUUAACUUUUGCCAAUCACUAUAGUCUUUGACAAAAAUACUAGAUGUUAGAACCUUGUUCACUCGACUUGAUGCUCAGAGAGGGUAGUAAAUAUGUCCUAAACCAAAUAGAAGAAUUUUAGCGCAAAAAGUAUAGCACCUGGGUAAAAGUUGAGAAUUAUUCACUAUGAAUAGUGCCACAUUAUGCUGGGUAUUUUAUGGCUGUGUAGAAUACCACUUUGUCCAGAAACUUUACAAACAAGACAUCUUUGGUUGACUGUUGACUCCUUUCCUUUGUUUAGCAAUUUUUUUAUGAGACAUAGUUUCGGCAGUAGACAGCUUGUGCAAAUCAGACAGUGUUCUACAAUUGUCUGUACCAGUACUGAAUGCUGUUUGAGUAUGAAGAUGUCCUAGCACAGACCUAUAGUUUGUAUUUUUACUAGACGUGCAAUUUGAAUAGCAGCCAUUUUACUUCUAUAUUUUCUUAGUCGACUAAGAUGUGUUCAUUGAUAGUGAAUGAGUAAUGUAUUGGUGAUGAUGGCAUCUAUGCGUACGUACCUGCGUACCCUUAAUUCUUUGUUGUCAGAAUACAGUUUACUGUAACUAUUUAAUAUGACUGAGUUUUAAAUAUCAGGAUUUAAAAUCCCUGAAAUAUAAUCAUGAACUUCUACUACUAAACUUUAUCCUCAAAGUUGUAGUGUUAAGAGUGCCCAUAGUAUUUGAAGGAAUGUACAAAAUUGUUGAUAGCAAAUGUACGGGGAAGAAUACAUUAUUAUUGUUUAGAUAAGUAGGGAAUGCUUUAUUUUUUUAUAGUGCUCUACUUUAAAAAAUAUUGCAGCAAGUGCCUUAAAGAAUCUAUUUUAUACAUAACUGAGGUAUGACUCAGUGAGAGUGGGUUUGAAGUAUUGAUUUCCUUAAAAUGUGUAGCCUAUACUUCUGUGGUUACAUAAGUAUUUCAAAUCAGAUGUAUAUAAUUUUAUAUUGAUAUUAAACUAUUUUAUACUGGUAUAUGGCCUGUCCUUGUUAACUAGAAAAAGUAUAUUAUUGUAUUUUGCUGAGAUUACUUGGAAACAGUAUGCCUUGGUGGUUAUAAGCAUAGAACUGCUCACUUUUAUGUUCUAGGAUUAUAUCUUAUCCUUUGGCUUCUGAACAGUGGAGCUCAGAUUUCUGCAUGUUCCCAUGAUACACAUGGAGACCAAGCUAUGAUUGCAGGUUAGAUAAUAGCAGAAACUUGAGUGUUUUUUUUUUUUUUGUUCGUCUUUGUGCAGUAUAUUUGUAGCUGUUAUGGUUGGGGUAGGGACACAUUUUUAUGCUCAGCUACCCAAUUUCUGCACUUUUUAAGGAGGAAUGACAGUUUUGUUUUUUCUUUUUUUCAAGUCCUCUAGGACCAGUAUUUCAUUAAAGUUGUCAAGUAGCUCUCAAGAGUUAUGACAUUGCUGUAUUAAAUGCUGUUAUUUAUUUAUAUUAAAGAUUCAUAGUUGCAAUAUUAUUCAAACUACAUACUCCCACUUCAUUUAAUACUUCAAGAACAGACAUGACUAUAGUCCAGCAGGUUUCACUUUUGUAUAGCAAGACCAUCCUUUCAUUAUGUUCUGAAAUAAAAAAUUGUGAAUUUCA